AUGUCUUUGAGCCCACCUGCCUACCUCACCUCGCUCCAGAACAACAUCAGAGCACGUCCGAUACCUUGGGAUGGUGCAGUCAGGGCUGGCAACCUCACAGACGACCAACUUAAGAAGAUCAGGUCUGUCGACAAGGUCAGAAAAGAGCAGAGAAAGCAAACAAUUGAAAAGGACGUCAAGAGCUACAGUAAUUUGUUAGUGGGCGAUAAAGAUGGCGGUGGUGUUCUCGAGAAAGCAUCAAAGCGGAGCGACAUUAUCCAAUACAUCCUGGUUCUUGCGACAGAUCUGAUCAAUGAUGCUCCUGCGCUUGCGAAUGCAAUCCUCGAACAUUCUGAGCCAUACAGGCCAUUCAUUUCCUUCCUCACGCAAUCUGGCAAUCCAGAAGACCCGAUUCCUCUGUUUGCAGCCACUUUCCUUGUCAACCUUAUUGCCAUUUCACUCACAUCAUCCUCAAAACCGACUCCACGAGACGACCAAGCUCUCUCUCAGGUCUACGCAUAUCUGGCAAAGCUGGUCAAGAACCAAGAUAGCGGGCUUCAAGACAUCGGAGUUCAACAUUUCUCGCAAUUGUUGCGGACUUCGCGGUCGAAAGAGUUGUUCUGGAAACAGAAAUCAGACACAGUUGAUCCUUUGUUUGAUAUCUUGCGGAAAGCUGCAGGUGCCGCAAAAGAUAACGAUUCCACCCUAUGGAGCGGGGCUACAAGUAUAAGGAGCAGCGACACGAGGUUCGGUGGCGGGGUUGGGUUGCAAUUGAUGUACCAUGUCUUACUGGUCAUCUGGCAACUCAGUUUCGAAGGAGAGAUGGUUGGCGAAGAGCUUGAAAAGGACGAGGAAAUUGUGCCCUUGUACACACAACUCCUUCGGAUGUCACCAAAAGAGAAGACGACUCGUCUCUUGCUUGCAACGUUGAACAACCUACUUUCCUCGAACAAGGACACUUUGAUUGCCACAGCGACUACUGCCAGACUGCCCUCGCUUCUCAGUAACCUCUCUGGGCGCCAUCUCACAGACCAAGACCUUCUUGAAGAUCUCGAGAACCUCAAGACAAUGCUAGAAGAAUACACCAAGAAUCAGACAACGUUCGAUGAGUACGCCGAUGAAGUCAACUCUGGUCAUCUACGAUGGUCACCGCCACACCGAAAUCCUACCUUCUGGAGGGAGAAUGCUCGCAAGAUCCUUGAAGACAAGAAAGGCGAGCUACCGAAGAAGCUGGCUGAGAUCCUUUCGAGAGGAUGGGAGUCAGACAAGAAGGUGCUCGCGAUUGGGUGCAACGAUGUUGGGAAUCUGGUCAAAGAAGUCCCAGAACACCGAUCAACUCUGGAGAGACUCGGGCUCAAAGCUCGAUUAUUAGAGCUUAUGGGUGAUUCCGACGAGAGCGUGCGCUGGGAGAGUCUGAAGGCUGUUGGAGAAUGGAUGCGAUACACGUUUGACAAAUAG